GGGGUAAGUCGUCUUCGUUGCCCCUGUUCUCUUUGCCAGCAACUCAGCGAUCAUGGCGCACCGUCCUGCCUCUAGGAAUGUCAUCAACAGACUCAUCUAUGCCGCACAGCACAGCGCGUGCCCGUGCCAUGGCUGCCGCUCUGCGGGCGCGCACAGUCCGAUGCAGGCUUUGAGCCAGAUGAGAAAGUUCGCGACGCCAGUAGAUGCUCCACCAAUUGAGAAAGAGUACGCCUUCGAGGUCGCGGCAUCCAACCUGCGGUUCGGCGAGGGGGUGACGCGGGAGGUUGGAAUGGACUUGAAGAACAUGAAGGCGAGAAAGGUUGCCGUUUUUACCGACCCCAUCGUAUCGAAGCUGCCGCCCAUGAAGAUGGCACUUGCGUCACUGGAGCAGCAAGAUGACUUGCCCUUCGUCGUCUACGAUCGCGUCGUAGCAGAACCGACCGAGACUAGUUGGCGGGAUGCCAUUGCUUGGUCGCGAGAACAGGAUUGCAGUCAUUUCCUCGCAGUGGGAGGUGGAAGUGUCAUGGACACGGCGAAGGCCGCCAAUUGUACGUUCACCGUGUACAAGGACGCCGACCUAUUUGACUUCAUCAAUGCUCCUGUCGGGAAAGGAUUGCCAAUUACGCAAACGCUUCGUCCACUCAUCGCAGUGCCAACGACGGCGGGAACUGGUUCGGAGACAACAGGGACGGCCAUCCUGGAUAUCCCAUCCAUGUCAUUCAAGACUGGUAUUGCUAACCGGGCGAUGAAGCCCACGCUCGGUAUCGUCGACACUAUCAACACACGUUCGUGUUCAAGGGAGCUGCACAUCAGUUCUGGUCUGGACGUCCUCUUCCACAGUCUGGAGAGCUACACGGCAAUUCCUUACACUGAACGCAUGCCCCGGCCAAGUAACCCCAAUCUCCGCCCCGCAUACCAGGGCAGCAACCCCGUCGCGGACAUCUUCUCGAUGUGGGCGCUGCAUACAACUGUGAAGAAUCUGCCGAGGAUCUCCAAAGACCUGGGCGACUUUGAGGCCAUGCGUCAGAUGGCGCUGGCAGCUUCGUUCGCGGGCAUUGGGUUCGGUAACGCAGGUGUCCAUCUGUGUCAUGGCAUCAGCUAUCCGAUAUCCGGAUUGAACAAGGCGGGCCCGAAGUACAAGCAUGCAGGAUAUGAUGUCGACCACCCCAUCAUCCCACAUGGCGUCAGUGUCGCACUGUCCGCACCCGCCGUCUUCCAAUUUACCGCACCCUCCUCCCCGUCGCGGCACCGCGAGGUCCUCUCCGUCUUCCAAAACACCACGCCCGCGGAUCCCAGCAUCUCCGCGAUCCCCGACUCGGAGGUCGGCGCGCACCUGUACGAGGCGAUCGCACGGUUCUUGGAUGGUCUUGGCGUGCCGCGGGGCUUGAAGGCUGUGGGGUACAAGAAGGAAGACGUGCCGAGUUUGGUGGAGGGGACGAUCCCCCAGAGGAGGGUGCUGGAUCUGGCGCCGGGCAUUGGCAACGUCGCGGGUGCGGAUGGCAGAGAACACUUGACCGACAUCAUUGAGAGGUCGCUUGAGUACUGAGCGCAUGUGCUGUAUACUAGGAUUCGCGACCAUUUGACAACUGUAUAUUAGAUGUCUUGCGCACGCCUGUUAUGGAGCUCAGGAAUAUGCAAGCAAGUAAAUUGCUGGCUUAAGUAUGAACUAUGCGAAUCGUUAAUGUAACGUACUUCCUUGAGGG